AGUGUGUCUGUCACUGCUCUACUCUCCACCGCUCAUAUAUGUCGUUUUGGGAGUUAUUGCCAAUCAACCAAUAAUGUUUGUGUGAAAGCUGCUCAGCCGGUUUCUUUCCAUUCCAACGGCUGCUUCUCUGGAAACAGUUUAAAGUGAAACUAAAGUUUUCUCCUCACAGUGUUGGCAGAUUAUCGGGAGAAGGAAAGUGACAACUGGCUGUGAACUGAAUGUGUUUUUCAAGUGUUCGUUUAGUGAGAAGCAGAUUAAUGAGGACUUUGUGGUUGUUGGAGUUUUUACAGGAAGAUGAAGAUGUUUGUGGUGUUUGUGAUCCUCAUGCACGUUUCCCAGUAUGCCUCAGCUGUGGAGCUGUAUGAGGGGGAGGAGUUUGUCCUGCUGCCCUGUGAGUUUCCCACCUUUGAAAUGGACGACCCCUCAGUGGUGUGGAGCCGCUACGAUCUCAAUCCUCCAACCGUCCACCAGCGUCAGCAGGAAGGUGAUGAACUUAAAGACCAAAACCAGCUUUACAGCGGCCGAACAUCCAUGAUGGCUGACGCUCUGGAAACUGGAGACCUCAGCCUCAAUCUGACAAAACUCCGCCUCUCUGACAGUGGCAACUACACCUGCACCGUUAGAGCAUCAGGAGGACAACGGACAGUGAGAGACAUAAAGCUGCAGGUCAAAGAGCGAUUUCCAUCCUGGGCCACAGCUCUCCUGGUUCUACUGGUUCUAGGCCUCAUUGUUUCUGGGGGUCUUUUGGUGCAUUUUCGUCACUAUUUAAUGUCAGUCUACCAGGUGAAGGUGGAUUCAGGGGAGGAGUCUGUCCUGCUGCCCUGCAAAACCACAGUUCACCUGCCUGAGGACGUCACAGUGGAGUGGACGGACAAAGGCAACUGGAAGGUCCAUGUGUGUCAGAACGGCUCUGAUCAGCCUGAAGAACAGGACCAGGAAUACAGAGACCGAACAGAGAUGAAGAGAAACCUGCAGGAACCUGGAGACCUCAGUCUGACCCUGAAAUACCCCACAAACACAGACAGUGACAGAGGAAAUUAUAUCUGUGCCGUCUACAACAGGGAGAGAAAGAUCCUGAUGAGGAAACAAGUGAUGCUUGAGGUCAAAGUCCCCCAGGUGAAGGUUGAUUCAAAGGUGGAGUCUGUCCUGCUGCCCUGCAAAACCACAGUUCACCUGCCUGAGGACGUCACAGUGGAGUGGACAGACGUUGACAACUGGAAGGUCCAUGUGUAUCAGAACGGCUCUGAUCAGCCUGAAGAACAGAACCAGUAUUACAGAGACCGAACAGAGAUGAAGAGAAACCUGCUGGAACCUGGAGACCUCAGUCUGACCCUGAAAUACCCCACAUACAGUGACAGUAGCACCUUCACCUGCACCGUCUACAACAGGGAGAGAAAGAUCCUGAUGAAGAAACAAGUGAAGCUUGAGGUCAAAGUCUGUCAGGUGGAGGUGGAGGAGGGGGCGGAGUCUGUCCAACUGCCCUUCAAGACCACAGCUAACCUGCCUGAGGAUGCUGGAGUGGAGUGGGAACGCAUUGAACCCAAACCCACAACGACAGUCCAUGUGUAUCAGAACAGUUCUGAUCAGCCUGAAAUACAGAACCAGGAUUACAGAGACCGAACAGAGAUGAAGGAAGACCUGCCGAAAACUGGAGACCUCAGUCUGACCCUGAAACACCCCAAAGAGAGAGACACAGGAAGAUACUACUGCAACGCCUACCGUAAUGAGGAAAACAUCAGAUACAUCCUGAGAGAGAAAUCAGUGCAGCUCACAGUCAGAGGGAGAACCAGGAACAGAAGCAGCUCCAUUGAUCCAACUCCUCUGAUGGCUGAUCAAUCUGUUUGAUUGGUCUGUUGAUCAAUCUUUGAUUAUUGAUCUUGUUGAAGGGGCUCAAAGGAAGAGAAUGUCAACGUUCAGCUUUCAGUGUUUCCUCUCUUCAUCAUCUGAAUGAACCUGCAGUCCAUACUGUGAUUCUUUUAUGUUUGUGUAUUCAGCUUCUAUACAUAUAUAUCUGGCUGUGUCUCAGGAGGUAGAGCGGGUCGUCCACUGAUCGGUGGUGCUGGUUCGAUCCCCGGAUCCUCCCGCUGCAUGUCGAAGUGUCCUUGAGAAAAACGCUUUGAGUGGUCAGAAUUUAUACCUCCUCAUCUCCUCUGUCCUCCUGCCUGUGACUGAAAAUCCAUCUGGAGAAACUUUAUUUGAGGACUGACAGACAGCUCUUUGUCAAUAAUGUGAUCAGAUCCACAUCCCGUGAAACAGAGACCCAGCUGGUUAUUAUAUUUACUGCAUGUCUGGAACAUUAGCUGGAGAUGUACGGUCUGCUGAGUCUUUCAUACUGUACUCAAGGGCUAUAAUAAGGGGUUUCUGAAUGGUUCAUUGAUUGUUUGUCUCUGCUGUUUCUUUAAUGAGGAGAAAAGCUAUUUAAUCUGUAAUUUUCAGGGUGGGAGGAACCUAUGCAGAUCUGAUGUAUUUUAGUCUCUAUUGUUAGAAAGAACACUGAUUAUGUCUGACAAUUAUAUUCUGAUAUAUUUUACUAACAGGUGUUUAAUCUAUUGAUGUUUUUUUUCUUUUUUUUUCCCAAACUCUUUUUAUAAGCAUUUUUUCAAAAAUAACAAUUUUCAGUGCAUUUGUGAUUUGUGUAGGACCAAAAAAAGGGGACAAUGAAGCAUGUAUAAAAGUAAGACGAGUCCGAGUAUGUGCAUGGAUACAUAUACAUGCAUACAUACAUCCACACACACACAAACCUAAACACACACAUAUAUUCACUGCACUUACACAAAAAUAAUAAUUGUAUAAAACAAAUACAUACAACAAACAGAACAUGGUCUUUAUGUAACAGGGAUGACUACUGUAAAAUUAGAUUUAUUUUGUGAAUUAUUUUACUAUGUUUAUUGAAUUUGCAUAAAUUAAUUAAGGGUAAUUGCAUAUAUAAGCAUAUUUGUAUUCUGUUCUGCAAUGUAGAUGAGGAACUGCAUAAGGUGCAUGUACCUGGAAUGUUACCAUGGGUUAAGAUUGGCGGAGUGAUAUGAUGUUAAGUGUGUUCAGUUGUCCUACUGUUGAAACGGACAUUAAAGUGGACCGAGUAACAAAGAAGAAGUUGUCCCUGUGCUCUUGCUUCACCCACGACCCAAAGGUAGUUAAUAUAGUAACCAUCAAGUUAUAGUUAAUGCUAAGAGUAACCAGCGUUACACUGGUGGCAGCGGGUUUGAUGACUGCUAAUUUUUGCAGAUUAUUAACGAGCGACCUGCCUGAACGACGGCUGCUGUUUUCUUUUUUUCUCCUCACCGUUGACUUCUGCUACAAGCUAACGCCAAGCUAGCGACACGGUGUAAUAUGGAAUAAAACGGACUCUGUCGGACAUGUAAUCAGCAAGAUAACAUCAAAAGGACAAUAUAUGGGAGUAACAGAUUUGCAAGGUGGACAUGACUUUUUUUCCUGCUCUUCGCGGAUUCAUGUUGGAGUGCUGCCGGUGAACUUGUCUGCGUGGGACGGUCGCACGGCACCUGUGUCACCUGUUGUCCCUCCUUUGGCACCCACUCACCUUCAUGGGUCUUUAACUCCUCUCAGUGUCCACUCUGCCACCUCAGAUGAUUUUCGGAAAAUGCAGAGAACACUGGAGACACUUUCAGAAAGAAUUGAGCAGUUGCAGCUAGAGGUGCAACGCCAGCAACAAGGCACUCAACGCGGCUCAUCAGACUACAGAUCUCGUCAGCGGAGCGCCACUCCUGAUGGUGGACGGGGCCACAGCUGUUACUAUUCCUCAGACAGAUAUCCCUAUAGAGAAUCUUCUUAUGAUCGAUACUCACCUAACCACCGGUAUGACAGACAGGAUUCCUACACUUGUUCUGGAUCAUCUGAGCUCAUAUCAACAAGUAGUUGAAAAUGAGGGCCAAUUGCCAACUACUGUCUUCGCCCAGGCCCAUACAGACAGUAAUGCUUCUCCUACUGACUUAACCAGAGAAAGUUUGUCUGGGAUUGAUGUGUCAAGAAGAUAUGUGUCAGUUGUGAUUGAGGACACUCUUGUGCAUGCUUUUGUUGACACCGGAGCUGACAUUUCAGUUAUCAGCGAGGAUUUUAGGAUGUCUAUAACUGCUCUCCACAAAAAGCCAAUUGUAAAGCAGUGUCUUCCUCUCACCAGUGUCACGGGUGACCCUCUGGACUCAGUUGGUUCAAUCUUAGUCAAUUUAAGUAUUGCCCUCAAGCCAAUGACACAUGUUCUUUAAGUUGUCAGAAACUGUACUAAACCACUGAUUUUGGGCUGGGAUUUUCUGGAUGCUAAUGGAAUUAUUGUAAACACCCAGAACAUGUCUCUCAUAGUGGAUGACAAAGAAGUAUCACUGGUUAGCCCACACCAGUAUGUCCCUAAACUAACUAAUGUUACACUGUCUUCUACAGUUACAGUUCCAGCCAUGUCAGAGAUGGUCAUCACUGCUAAAUGUGCUAAUGUACCACUUAAAGGACUAGUGCCUCAUGACUAUGCAGGUGUGUUUGAACCACACUACACAAAUCAUUCAACUACCGGUUUUGCAUGGACUGUAGCAAAAGCUGAACAAGGUUCCAUCCAUGUGAAAGUAGCUAACCCCUCCAGCGAGGACGUCAUGUUAUAUUGUGGCACUCAGAUAGACACUUUUCAUGCCACAUCUGGCAACAGCAAAGAUGAGUACACUGUGAUGGAAAGUUCUGUCUGUAAUGUCAACAUUCAGAUGCCUGUAAUGUCGAAGCCAACUGUACUGACUGACAUUUCAAACCCUGACCUCACAAGUGCACAAAAUAAGAAACUGAAAGACACUUUAAGCUCAUUCUCUGAUGUUUUCAGUCAACACUCACAUGACUUUGGAAGGACGUGCCUGGUUACACACAAAAUUACAACCAGCUGUGACACAAUCUCACAAAGAGCCUACCUACCUCUCCUGCCAUGAAAAAGAAAUCCACCAUCAGGUGGAGGAGCUUAAAGCUCAGAAUCUCAUUGAGGACAGUACAAGCCCCUGGGCCAGCCCAGUGGUCAUGGUGAAAAAGAAAGAUGGCACAUACAGAUUUUGUGUUGAUUUCAGGAAACUGAACUCAGUUACCAUCACUGAUGCACAACCUCUUCCGAGAGUUGAUGAUAGUUUGGAUGCAUUAUCUGGCUCUCAGUUUUUUUCCACCAUGGACAUGUCAAGUGGAUACUGGCAAGUUGAAAUGGAUCCUGCAGACCCAAAACUGCAUUUACAACAGGCGAUGGUCUCUACCAAUUCAAAGUGAUGCCCAUGGGUCUAAAAAACUCACCACCAACUUUUCAGAGACUAAUGGAACUUGUUUUGAGAGGUCUCCACUGGACAAUGUGUGUCAUUUAUCUUGAUGACAUAAUUUGCAUCCAACUUCCAACUUUAUUUGUUAAGCACUUUAAAACAACCAACGUUGACCAAAGUGCUGUACAGGAGAAUAAAUAAGACAUCAUAAAUAGCAGCAAUCAUGGAGUAAAAGUUCAGUGAAAGCGCUGGAUUCACCAACACUCAGCCAUGUCUCAGUCACACAGAGGAAAUCCAAUCCUCGGUACGUGAAGAAAUCCUUCAAGACAAAAGUCCCGUUGGCUAGUGACAAGCAUGCGUGGGACAAGACUCUGAUAAUCAUAUCCAAAACCUGACAGAAAUUCUUACACGAUUCAGAUAAGCAGGGUUGAAACUAAAUUCAAAGAAAUGUGACUUUUGCAGAUCUGCAGUGAAGUAUAUGGGACACAUGAUGGACUGGCACUGGACCCAGUCAACAGUCACCGUAUAUGUGAGUGGCCUGUCCCAAGAUCACCUACUGAUGUACAAGCAUUUCUGGGAUUGUGCUCUUAUUACAGACGUUUUGUGCACAAGUAUGCAUUCAUCACUCAUCCUCUUCAGACUCACACAAAAACAUGUGUCGAUUGAAUGGACUGAAGAGUGCUCAACUGCAUUUCAGACAUUAAAAGAUGCACUCUGCUCCCCUCCAAUAAUGGCAUUUCCAAACUUUCAUUAGCCAUUCAUUCUAAGUACGGAUGCCUCUAACUAUGCAGUUGUUGCGGUGCUUUCUCAGGUUCAAAAUGGAAAGGAACGGGUUAUAGCUUAUGCUAGUCAUGUUCUGACACGCACAGAGAAAAAGUGGUCCACAUAUGACAAAGAACUUUAGGCCAUUGUCUGGUCUGUCAGACACUUCAGACACUAUUUGAGUUUAAUCCAUUUACAAUCAUUACUGAUCAUCGUCCACUCCUCAGUCUACGGAAACUGGAUGUCACACAUGACCCCACAGGACGUGGUCGUUGGGCUCUGGAGUUGGAUUUGUAUAAAUGGACAAAAAUACACAAGGAGGGAAAGAAACAUACAAAUGCUGACGCUAUGUCACGGAUUCCCCCUCCCACAAGAGGACCCUAUGGUUCCAGAAGAAACAGUGUCUCCCUCACAGGACAGCAACUCCUCUCCUGUCCAACUGGAUGCACUGCCUCAAGCUCCACGACCUGGCUCUGGAGCCGUGACAAAAACGAGGAGACGCAGUUGAAAAGACAAAUUCUAAGUCAUUUAUUUAAACAUAACAACCUAAAUGCAACCUGAAAAAGAACUAAACAGAAGAUAAGGUGUGUUUGUCAGUAACCUCAGUGGUGAAAGUGUGUGUAUGCAUGAGUGUGAUGUAUAAUGAAAAGUAAAUGUUGGAUGUUAAAACACAACUACCCGAAUACCAGCAAUGAUAAUAAGAUAGAAAGAGAGCCCCUGUCAGCCAGAGAGGCGGGGCUUUUAUAGCUGGGAAACACCGGGACCAGGUGCUUCCGGCUAUGCCGAUUGGUCCAACCCACAAGUACCUGCUGCCUUAAAAGGAAGAGGAAACAUUAGAGCCACUCAGGGGACCGUCACACACAGGUAUGGAAUUGUUGCAACACACACUUUCUAGUUAAGGAAAUGACACUGUAGCUGAACAACUGUCUGACCCCAUUCUCUCGGAAGUGUACAGAUGGGUACAGGAAAACAAACGUCCUUACCUCAGACAUGUAAAAGGGAAAGUUCAAAGAAAACUCUGGUGACAAUUCCCUAAACUUGUGCUGUGUAAUGACUUACUCUGUCGAAAGGCUCACACUGCACCAGGACAGCCAGUUGUGUAUCAAGUACUGAUUCCCACCACACUAAUCACAGAGACUAUGAGCAUUCUUCAUGGCAACCCCUGUUCUGGUCAUUACAGUGCUGAGUGCACAUUCAAGAAAGCCUUGUCUAUGUGCUAUUGGCCAAACAUGAGAACUGAUAUUGAUAACUUUUUUACUAUGUGUCAUACAUGUCACUCAGAGAGUCAGACACCCCCUCUCUGUAAUCAGACCUCAAACACGGACAAUCAUUUUUUGGACUUUUUUCCACAUUAUUAAACUGUACAUUUGAUCUUUUUUUGAUAUAUAUAUAUAGUUUUUAAUAUAUGUUGUUUGUGUAAGGUAGCAGCCUAAAUACUCCAAAGGAUGACACUGUUGCACCCUCUAUUGCUCUGUGAAUACAGCUAAUGUUGAAGUUUGUCCAUUAUGUGACACCGUAGUCGGGUUAUUCAUGCCGUGCGGGACGCCAUUUUGGUUAAAUGUUUUCAUUCAUUGUCCUGUAAGGUAGCAGUGUUAGUGGCGGCCUGCAUCCUUCUAAAAUAUCUUAACUAAAAUCACCCAUCCGGUCAUUAUGUUCAUCUAAUGCAGGGGUUCUCAACCUUUUGCAAGCUGGGCCCCCCCAAAGCUGGUUCAUUGCAGUCGGGCCCCCCCCUUCCCGGCGCCACCCCCACUACACCACCUUGCAUAGAUAGAUAGAUAGAUAGAUAGAUAGAUAGCCCUAGGCUAGGCUAUUAUUUUUAGGGCCACAUUAUUAUUAUUAUCAUCAGUAGCAGUAGGUAUAGGCCUAUUAUCAUUACUAGGCUAUUGCUAUAUACUUAUAUGAAUUUACAUGCUUUAUUGUUAUUAUUAGUAUUAUUAUUAUCAUAAGUAGGCCUAUUAUCAUUACUAGGCUAUUGCUAUAAUUGGGAAUUGGCACCAGACCUCUGAUAUGAAUUUAUUCUUUAUUAGUGUGUGUUUAGUAGUGUUAUUAUUACUAGGCCUUAUAGUAGGCCUAUCAUCUACAUUUUUGACAGAAGCUUGCAGGUAGGCGAUGUUAAUGUGAGACCUGAGCCUGCUUUGCCUUGCAAAGAUCCUCAAUUCUUGGAGCAAUGUCUGAUAAACAUAGCCUCAAAUCAUCCUCGAUUUGUGCACGAUUGCGGUACUUUGUUUUGAGUGCAGUCAUUUUUGAGAAUCCUGCCUCACACAAAUAUGUCGACACGAAAGGGAGGAGAAUCUUCAAGGUGACGUCACAGAGUUGAGGGUAUUCCUGCAUCAGUGCUGCCCAGAAUGACGAAAGAGGGCAGGAGGUAAAGAGUUCCUUCAGCCUACUGUCACUCUUCAGCUCAAUGAGCUGUUCCUGCAUAUUGAUUGACAGCUCGUUUGCUGUGCACACAAAUGGAUCUCGAACCCACGCAAAAGAGCGAUAAUCCUCCUUAAAGUACGUCGCAAAUUGUUUUCUCAUUUCUGACAGGUGCUCAGAUGCUGAUUGAAAUAGAGAGGAGAAAUCGUGUGACGUGCCUGCAUCUGUGAUAUAGUCCGCAAGGCUAGGGAACAUGUCGCAGUUCCCUCGACUGAUGCGGCCAUGCCAGAGGUCAAGUUUUUGUGUGAAGGCGUCCACUCUGUCUGCAAGGAGCAAAAUAUGAGUUUCGCGGCUUUGCAAAGACAGGUUGAGGACAUUCAAACAGUCAAAUAUAUCGACCAAAUAGGACAGAGACGCAAGCCACAUAGUGUCAUCCAGAUGCUUCGCCAGAUCUGAUUUGAUUUCUGUCAAAAACCACCUCAACUCCUCUCGCAGCUCAUACAACCGCUGUAACAACCGCCCCCUGGAGAGCCAGCGAACUUCAGUGUGCAGAAGCAGCUGUUCGUGCCCUGACCCCAUCUCCUGGCAGAGGACCCCAAACAAGCGAGAGUUUAGCGGCCGUGAUUUGAUGAGAUUUAUCAUUUUCACGGAUUGAUUCAGCACGGAGUCAAAGAGAACCAGCAUUUUUUUAGCAGCUAGUGCUUCGCGAUGGACCAUUCAAUGUGUCCAUUUCACAAGUGGAGCUACUUGCUGAACGCGGGCAGCUAGGCCAAGCUCACGGCCCGUCAUUGCCCGCGCACCAUCCGUGCACAGGCCAAUGCAUCGGUCCCAAGCCAAACCAUAUUUAGGGAUAAAAACAUCAAGGACAUUGAAUAUGGCUUGUCCUGUAGUGUGCGACUGAAGAGGCCGGCAAAACAGGACAUCCUCCUCAAUCGUCUUGUCCCGCAGAUACCUGACAUAGGUGAGGAGCUGUGCCUGCCCAGCAAUAUCAGUGGAUUCGUCCAGCUGCAGCGCGUAGUAAGGACUCUUUUUUAUGAAUGAAAUCAGUUGCUCUCUGAUAUCAUUAGACAUGUCUGAAAUUCUCCUAGCGACUGUGUCAUUGGACAGUGGUACUGCAUUGAGUUUGGCUGCUGCACUAUCUCCUAUCAUUAUUCUGCACACGUCUUGCGCAGCCGGCAAAAUGAGAGUCUCGGCAAUUGUAUGCGGUUUACCCAGUUUGGCUAUUCUUUUGGCCACUACAUACGACGCCUCCAAACACUGUUUGGACACAGUGCUGUGCACUGACAUGGCUGCCUGUUGCUGAUGGAGGCCAUCAAGCUUUCUUUUAAAAUAUUCAGCUGGUUUAUCCUAAAUGCCAGCAUGCUUUGUUUCGAGGUGCCUUUUUAGUUUACAGGGCUUCAUGCUGUCGUUUGCCAGCACCUCGGCACACACAACACACUGAGGUCUCAGAUCGGCUGUGACUGUAAACCCAAACUGCAGGUAUGCUUCAUCGUACCUUCGAAGCUUUUUUGCAGCUGGUGGUGCGUCGGUUGUCUUGUUGGUCCUCACUAGAAAUCUCUCCAUUUGUGUUGGUUUUGAAAUAAUUUGGAUGUGGAUUAGUUGUGAUUUCAAUAAAGUUUAGGCUAUGAUGUAACGAUGUGUGUGUGUGUGUGUGUGUGUGUGUGUGUGACUAUGUUGAGAGACUAGUAUCGGGGGCUAAUCAGUUGGGACUUAGGCACGAUCUUUAAUACAAACAAAACAAAAUUAAUAACAAACAAAAUAACGAUUUUACAGGCAAUGCAGAUUUUAUUUUAAGACUUGACGAUUGUAGUCCUUUGUCAGUGAGUGAGUGAGUGUGUGUGUGUGUGUUGCAACACGGUGAAAAAGACAGAGGGGUGGUUAGCUAAGUGCACUGCCUAGCAGUUAAAAAAUAAACUUAAAAACAUAAAAAUAACUGAGAUGGGGAUAAUCUUUAAAAAGACUGUUUGUGGGAUUAGUCUUUAAAAAAACUGUUGGGUUUUGGAGUAUAAGAUGAUAGAGAUUGAUAAUAGAUAGAGUAGAUAGAGUAGUGAGAGCUGGCACAAGCGAACUUGGCAAGAGACUAGACGAGAGUGAAUGGAGCUAACAUUGGAGAAACAUUUACAUUUAAACCCCGCUCUGUGAGCCAGGGCGGGAACGGCGGCGGCCAUGCGCAUGCGCGAUUCAUUUGCAGCCUGGACGCGGAGUGGUGUGUGUGUGUGUGUGUGUGUGUGUGUGUGUGUGUGUGUGUGUGUCUCCUCUUUGCUCUGACUGCAGGCUGCUGCGCGAGGUUACAGAGACUGACCGUCUGUGAGUGCUUUGGACCGGGGAGGGGCUCACGGCAGCACCCGCUGCUCGUUGAGCACAGUAACUGCAGAGUGAUACGUGCUUUCACGUCAGUCUCCAAACACCACAAAAGUCUCCGGGUGACGGAGCCAGCAGCCAGUGUAGAGGACCAGAGGUGAAAGCUGUCAAUGUGUGUCUCCAGGUCUCAGCCACAAUCCAGAACUCCUGUCUCCAGUGCUUCUCUUCUCUCCCCACGCAAGCAUCCUAUCACAACCAUAAACACAACUCAGAGUCUCUGGGUGUGUAGGGAGGCUUCAGCACAUCCUACACUGAUUCAGUUGCAGUUUACUCCGCAGUGAGAGGAGUCUUUAAGGCAUCACAACAAACAGGAUGAGAGAGUUUCCAGCAGAGCCAGAGGUCGUCUACUCUUCACUGAGGUAGACCUUCACACCUUCAACCAGUCCAACCACUGAUGUCCAGCUGGCCUCUAACUGGUCCCCACAGACUCCCAGUACUUCCAUUACUUUCAUUGUGUUAUCUUUAAAGUAUAAUUAGACUCAUGCAGCUACAAACAGACAAACAACUCACAUUUAUGUAUUCUUUAUUUGUGUUUUUUGGUGCAAAAAAAAAAAGUUAUUAUUAUUAUAUUUAUAUUAUAUUUAAGUUUUAAAAGUAUUUCAGCAGGAUGCACAAGAACAAGAUAUUACUCAUUAUGUUAAACUGUCAUUCUUCUAUUUCUGAACAGAAUCUAAUAAUAACUAUCAGCUGUUUUAUAUUUAAUGUAAGCAUAUUGCUGUUGUUAAUAUUUCUGUUUUUGGAUCAAUAAACUUUAUUCUUGUU